AUGGGCUCUAAGUAUCCACGGUCUGUCCGGGGCUGCCUGCCCCUGUGUGCCUUAACACUGGAGGCGGCUCUCAUUCUCGCCUUCUUUUUCACCUCCUAUGACCCUUUCGCGAAGGAUCGGAAGCUCAUGAGUCUUUAUGGAGUCUUCCAGGAUGUCACCGUGAUGGCAGCCCUUGGCUUGGGCUUUCUCACCUCGUCUUUGCGGAGACACGGCUGGAGCAGUGUGGCCUUCAGCCUCUUCAUGCUGGCCCUCGGGGUGCAGUGGGCAGUCCUGCUGGAUGUUUUCCUGAGCAAGUUAUUUCCUGGGAAGAUGGUCAUCAAACUCUACAGUGUUCAGCUGGCCUCCUUGAGUGCUACGUCGGUGCUGAUCUCAGCGUGUGCCGUCCUGGGGAAGGCCAACCUCGUGCAGCUGAUGGUGAUGGUGCUGGUGGAGGUGACAGCCUUUGGCACCAUGCGGAUGAUCAGCUUGCUCGUCCUCCAGGCAGAUGACCGCAUGAGUGUGAUGCACAUCCAUGUGUUUGCAGCCUAUUUUGGACUGAUGGUGGCCUGGUGCCUCUCAAGACCUCUGCCCAAGGGAACGAAGGAGAAAGAUAAGACAGCGACAAGCCCCAGUUUGUUUGCCAUGCUGGGGACCCUCUUCUUGUGGAUGUUCUGGCCAAGUUUCAACUCUGCUCUGCUGGACAACGAAAAAGAAAGGAAAAAUGCUGUGUUCAACACCUACUAUGCCCUGGCAGUCAGCGCAGUGACAGCCACCUCAGUGUCGGCCUUGACUCACCCUCAAGGAAAGAUCAACAUGACUCACAUUCACAAUGCGAUCCUGGCAGGAGGCGUGGCCGUGGGUGCCUCCUGUCACCUGAUCCUUUGGCCUUUCCUGGCCAUGGUGCUGGGCCUUGUAGCUGGGCUGAUCUCCAUUGGAGGAGCCAAGUGCCUGCCGGUGUGUUUCAAUCACGUGCUGGGGACACAUGACACCAGCGGCGUGCACUACACCUUUGGCCUGCCAGGCCUGCUUGGAGGGAUCGUCUACAUCGUGCUGGUGAUGCUGCAGGUCACCUGGACCAAGAAUUCCAUGAUUGGCUACCGGGUGCUGAUUGACACCGGGGCACUCAGCUUGGCUAUGGCGAUGGGUCUGGUAUCCGGUCUCCUGACAGGUUUGCUUCUAAAUCUCAAAAUAUGGAAAGCACCCCAUGUGGCUAAAUAUUUUGAUGAUCAAGCUUUCUGGGAGUUUCCUCACUUGGCUGUUGGAUUUUAAGCAAAAGCAUCCAAGAAAAACAAGGACUGUGGAAAACAGGAUGACCUCCCCUCGCUGUUACCUACCUUCGUAUGUGACAAAUGCUCGUUACAGCAAAGCCUCCUCAUGUACAGUUGAAAUAAGGUCAGGGACAGAUUCGAUAUUUAAAAAUAAAAGACACAAACU